AUGAAAUUUUUACAAACCUGCAAACUAUGGUCAUUAAUUGCGCAGAUAACAUUGUUUGCCAGUAAAAUAGGUCUGGCAGAGGCAAAAAGAAAGCUAGUGGCGACGUCAUUAGUCACAUGUAUGGAAAACUCUCAACUGUCAGCAAACAGUUUUGAUGUUGUUUUUAAUCCGGAUGACAAGUCUCUACACUAUGACCUUGAUAUGUCAACCCAAAUUGAUUCGUACGUUUUCGCUGACAUCGAUGUUUACGCAUAUGGUUUCAGAAUUAUCACUAAAAAUGUUGAUCUUUGUUCAGUCAACUGGAAACAAUUUUGCCCCGUGCACCCAGGUAAUAUUCAAAUCGACUCGAUUGAAUACAUCUCUAGUAAGUACGUAAAUGAAAUCCCUGGUAUUGCUUACCAGGUCCCGGAUAUCGAUGCAUAUGCAAGGGUUAGAAUCACCAACAAUGUAAGCGAUUACCUGGCAUGCAUUCAAAUAUACUUUUCCAAUGGAAAAACUGUUUCUCAGAUUGGUGUGAAAUGGGCGACUGCGGUGGUGGCGGGGAUUGGUCUCCUGCUGUCUGCAAUCUUAUCCACUUUUGGUAACUCUACCGCCGCUUCACAUAUUUCCGCCAACACAAUGUCGCUUUUCCUAUACUUCCAAUCGGUUGUGGUGGUAUCCAUGCAGCAUGUUCAUCGAGUGCCACCCAUUGCUGCUGCUUGGGCGGAAAACUUGGUCUGGUCAAUGGGGCUAAUCAGAAUCUCAUUCAUGCAAAGAAUUUUCCGUUGGUAUAUCGAGUCUACUGGUGGUACGCCUAGUCUUUACUUGACCUCGACUUCUAUGUCUGUUCUGGCUCAAAGAAGUUGGGACUACCUGAUGAAAUUUCCUCUAAUAAAAAGGGCCACUAAUGUUUUAUAUGGUAAUGCAAAUACACUGAUUUUCAGAGGAAUUAAAAGAUUAGGAUAUAAAAUGGGGAUCGAAAAUACAUCCAUCGUUUGUACCGGUUUCACCUUCUUCGUUUUAUGUGGCUAUGUGCUUGCCGGGUUCAUCAUAGUAGUUAAAUGCUGCGUGGAAUUGAGUAUCAGACUAGGUUGGAUUAAAAAGACAAGGUUUUGGGAAUUUAGAAAACAAUGGAAAACAAUCUUAAAGGGCGCUCUAUUAAGAUACAUUUACAUUGGUUUCGUUCAGUUGACAAUUCUCAGUUUCUGGGAAUUUACUGAGAGAGAUUCUGCUGCCGUUAUCGUCGUUGCAUGCUUAUUCAUUCUUCUGUCGUGUGGAUUGAUGCUUUGGGCUGCAUGGAGAACCGUUUUCUUUGCUAGAAAGUCUGUCGCAAAGUACAACAAUCCAGCAGCCUUAUUAUAUGGUGAUGAAUAUGUUUUACACAAGUACGGGUUCUUCUAUACAAUGUUCAACGCAAAUCAUUACUGGUGGAACAUUGUUCUUUUGUCCUACAUUUUUGUAAAAUCAUUAUUAGUUGGGUUUGCUCAAGCUUCCGGCCAAACUCAAGUUCUUUUCAUGUUUAUAUUGGAUUUGAUUUAUUUCGUCGCCAUCAUUUACUAUAAGCCCUAUUUGGAUCGUCCAACGAACAUAAUGAACAUUCUAAUUGCUACGGUUACUUUGGUUAAUUCCUUCCUAUUCAUGUUUUUCUCGGAUCUGUUCAAUCAAAGCUACAAGGUAGCUGCUAUUAUGGGAUGGAUUUUUUUCAUUAUGAAUGCUGCAUUCUCAUUCAUUUUAUUAUUGAUGAUAUUGGCGUUUACUGGUAUGAUACUUUUCUCAAAGAACCCUGAUCUAAGAUUUAAACCUGCAAAGGACGAUAGAACUUCCUUCCAGAGGAACACUAUGAAACCAGAAGGUACUGUUAACAAAUCUGUAGCGAACGAGUUGCUUGCUUUGGGUAACGUCGCAAAUGAUCAUAACGAUAACUCGGAUUACGAAUCAAAUGAUACUGGAAUGAAUGAUGAAUUAAAACAAGGGCAGGAUGAGGCUACUCCUACAACAGCCACAUCAAGUGAUGACAAUAGACUUACAUUGUCAGAAAAAAUACUCAGCAAAUUUACAAGACCAAAGGCCAACAACGCAAGCAUAGAAGUUUUGAGAGAUGAGACUUCCAAACAACAAACAUUUCCUCAUAAUUUGACAAAUCUCUCACGCGAAAACCUAUCAACCUUAGGCUCCAAAUCAUACCCAGGACACACAAGGUCACAAUCAGAUGCAAAUAAUGGCUUAAUCAAUACUUUUGAAGAAGAAGAUACAAGUUCAACUACUGAUCCAUUUCACGAUUCUACAGAAGGAGACCUUUUAGAUUCAUCGAGCUCAGAUGGAGGAUUUAGGUCCCAAAACUUUGUUAGAGAUGACAGUAUAAAUAGUUUGGGAAAUAACCAACAGCCACUAAGGAAACCUCCUGGGUUUUUUGAUGAAGGCUUCAUGUGA